UCCAACCUGUCAGAACAUAGGAGGAAGUCUUAAUCUCAGAUCUAUAUCACAUUUUUCCAUGGUUCUAUAAAAAUAACAUUUUCUUUUCAAAAUUCUCACAUGUCUGAAUUUGCGUAUCUCAUCCAGUGCGUGCAACGCUUUACGUGGCUCCUGAAAAGAGGCGUGCACCGUCCCAUCCCUGUCUCUUCUUUUUCUUUUUCCCACCAGCAGGAAGCUCGUCAUCCCGCACAGAGAUCACCAUGGCCUCGGCACUGACUUUCAUACCUCUCCGGUUCUGUUUAAUUUACUGUACAUUAUUGUUUUCUGCUGUGUUUUGUGACGGAGAUGCAGAAGAAGAUGAACACGCCAAGCACACGUACACUGUAGAGAUGUUUAAAGAGGCUGUGCCAACUGCUCCACAUUUUGUCAUGUUUUACGCACCGUGGUGUGGACACUGCAUGAGACUUCAGCCGACCUGGAAUGAGCUAGCAGAAAAAUACAAUAGCAUGGACGACCCCCCGGCCUAUGUGGUUAAAGUUGACUGUGUCCAGAAUACAAAGUUUUGCUCAAAUGAACACGGCAUCAGAGGCUACCCAACACUAGUGCUGUUUAAGCCAGACCAGGAACCUGUGAAGUACCAGGGCCCGAGGGAUUUAAAGAUCCUGGAGACAUGGAUGCUCAAAACCCUGCAGGAUGAGCCCGCUGAACCAGAGAGUGAACAGGAGCCUCCCAAAGUCCCAGAGCCUAAACAGGGCAUGUAUGAACUCAGCGCGCACAACUUCAAAACACACAUCGCUAAAGGUGCUCAUUUUGUAAAGUUCUUCGCCCCUUGGUGCGGUCACUGUAAAGCCAUGGCCCCAACAUGGGAGCAGCUCGCAACCACUUAUGAACACUCUGAAGAUGUCAAAAUAGGAAAGGUGGACUGUACACAACAUUACGAAGUGUGUUCUGCAAAUGGUGUUAGAGGAUACCCCACACUACUGUUCUUCUACAAUGGAGCAAAGACAGACCAGUACAGAGGCAAGAGAGACCUGGACUCUUUUAAAGACUUUGUAGACAACCAGUUGAAGGCCGUCCUCGGCAAAGAUGAACCCGAACCAGAAGAUCCUAGAGCCAAUGAGAUCCCCACUGAAGAACCACCUAAAGAGGAAGAAAAAUCCAGUGUAUUGGUCCUAACGGAAAGCAACUUUGAUGAGACUGUAGAAAAAGGCCUUACCUUCAUCAAAUUCUAUGCUCCAUGGUGUGGCCACUGUAAGAACCUGGCUCCGACUUGGGAGGACCUCUCCAAGAAGGACUUUCCGGGCCUCACUGACGUCAAAAUCGCCAAAGUGGACUGCACAGUGGAGCGCACAGUCUGCAACAAGUACUCUGUGAGAGGAUAUCCCACUUUACUCAUGUUCAGGGCAGGGGUGCAGGGUGAGGAACACAACGGCGGGCGUGACCUCGAGUCCCUCCACAACUUUGUGAUGAGACAGGCCAGAGACGAGCUGUAAUCUAAACUCCACCUUUCCACUCACUUUCUACCACUCUGCUCAAGCUAACUGCAUAUCAGACCUAAGGGACUCCUACCUGUCCUGCUUCGGUCAAAUCUGUCUCUUCUAUUGGGAUUUCCAGUCAAUGACACACCGACUGUCUUAUUCUUGGACUGAAUGUUCUCAUUGGUGGCGUGCGACUUUUAAUGUGUGAAAAUGGUGAAGGCCUUUAUGGUAUCAGGGGGUAUGUGAAGCAAUCAGGAUUUAACAUGUCUUAUUUGUGGACAUGUUGUAGCAGUAAAAAUACCUAACUUUGUUUCUGAUCAAAUUGUGAAGCUGAUGCCAUUUUUAAAGAUGAGUUUUAUUCAUGGAAUCUGUGGUUAAAAUGUAUUGUCACUUCAGAGAUUGUAAAAUUUGUCAUUCGAGUGUUAAGUUGAAGGUACUUCUCUCCAUUAUGUGACUUAACUCUCAGGGAUCGGCUGUGUGGCCCAGGAGAUGAGAUGGAGAGCUGAUACAUGUCAAACCUUUGUCUUGUCUGAAAUAAUGUUUUUGCGUAAUUUUUCUGUUUGUGUUUAGUCUGUUAUGAAGUGUAACUGGUCAGCCUCCAUCGCAUCUCCACACACAAGUUCACUCCUGGACCAUGUGCCAUUGAUAGAGUACUCUCCAAGUCCUGUUGCAAAGCUUACAUCAACCACAUGUAGUUCUGUUACCUUCAAGAAAAUGGUGUUUCCAUUUUGAGUUGACCAAAAGUGACACUGGUCCUUUUAAAAAAAAAAUAAAUUUUGACAGAAGAACACUUCAGAUCAAGUGUCUUAAAAAAAGGUUUCCUCUAAUACCAUCCAGGUAUGAUCACCUAUCAUGAACACACUUUAGAAGGGACUUUCAGACACAACACCAAGAUUAUUUUUCAGAAGGUUCUUUAUGGAUAGCACAUGGUCUAAGGAUCUCCAGUGACAAAGUAUUUUCUUUAUAAGCCAUGGGCUUUCAUUUCCCAUGCAUUUUGUACAAAAAAAGUGUUUAAUGGCGAGUUGUAACAUGAGAUUUCAUAAUAAAACUUUUUUCCAAAAAUAA